AUGACCGUCUCAGGCGCACUCCAGCACUACGAGGCAGGACUGGUCGCCAACGCAUCCCGCAUCGCCAGCAUCGAGUCGACCCUCCGAACACUCACAUGGUUCCUCCCAGGCCGAUUCCAAGACGCCGAAGUCGCAUCCGAAGGGCUCUACUCGGUGCUGAACUUGAUCAGCCUCUACCACGACUCGAUCCUCCACCGCGCCGUCUCCGCCCUCCCUGCUCCGCUCCGCCCGCCCUCGUCCUCCCACACCCGCUACACCCGACACUUCACGACCCAUUCAAAGCCCUACAACCUCCUCGCCCACUCUCUCAGCGUCGUUCAGUCGUUGGAGCUGUUGCUCGAGAUGGUGGCGCGGAAGAAGAAGGGCCGCCAAGGAGCGGAAAAGACGGUCAUUGCGAUUGAGGCGCUCAAGGCCUUGCUCAGGCUCGGAUUGAUGGGCGCGACGCAGGGACGUACGGGCGUCCAGCCUCCAGUCGCAGAGAGGGAAGUCGAUCCCGGACUGCUGGAACUCAACCGGGAACGACUUGCGCGGGUGAGGCGGGCAGCGCAAAAGGACGGUUCAGAAGCGACCGCUGCUCCGAAGCCUCAGAGCGCAGCCGACGUCCUUCUUCGCCAAGAACACGGUCAGACGGACCUCGAACUCGGGAUGGUGCAGGCCGAAGUCGAGGAGAGCGAGUUCUGGACUGGCGCGAGGACGGGGUAUGUGAGGCCUACGCUUGCGUCUUUGCGACGCGAGGGCGGGGACGCGGCGGAUCCGUUGGCGCAGUUUGGUGGUGGAGUGGGCGCGCGGACGAAGGACGCAGGGAAGGAGUACUUGAUGAGCAGGGUGUUGACGGUCGAGGACGUCAAGCGGCCGCAGGACUUGGUCGCGAAGGCCAAGGGCAUCAAGCGAGUCGCCGAGAUCAUCUGGAUCCUCCGACCACUCAUCUACGUCCUCGCAAUGCGCAAAUAUGGCCGGCGCCAUACCCUCCCGUACCUCCUCUCGCUCUCGCUCGAAUACCUCGCCUUCUCCCUCCGCUCCACAUCGACAACACGCCUCGCGUCCGACAAGGCGAGCGGGCCGAUGCUUCCUCACGCGACACCGAGCGAGUUGGAGAGACAGGAGACGAGCAAGAGGGGAAGGAUGUUUUGGUGGUACUUGCUGAGGGGACCUGUGUGGGAGAGUUGGACCAAGCCGCAACUCGAAGGUAUGGCACGCAGGUUCGAGGACAAGCCCGUCAUUGGAUUCGUCGCGACGCUGCUGCACGACUACGUUCCCCUAAUCGACGAGUACUACUACUACACGGCUUGA